AUGACAGCUACUCACUUUCCUGAAGACAAGUCCGUCACGGUACACGUUGACAACCCGGGUUCAGACAUGGACAAUCGCGACAAAGUUGACUCGACACCCGAGAGCGUCCACAAUGAGCUGCCACCCGUGGAGCACUUGAGCCUCAUCCAAUGCCUUCGCAAAUACAAGGUCGCCUCAUUUAUGUGCGUCCUCGCUGCAGUGGGAGCACUCUCGGACGGGUAUCAAGUUCAAAUGUCUGGCAGCAUUGUUGCCCUUGACGGCUUCAUCAACACAUUUGGCGACCUACAAGAUGAUGGUACUUAUGUAGUCGACCCUCAGUAUCUUGCUCUUUGGGGUUCCCUCAAAAACGUCGCUGCGAUGUUUGGUGCUGCAAUUGGUUCAUAUCCUGCAGAUAAGCUCGGACGCAGGUGGAUGAUUCUUCUUGUUCAAAUCAUCAUGAUUGGUGCUUGUAUUCUGGAGCAGCUAUCAACUCACUGGACACACUGGCUUGGUGCCCGACUGCUUGAUGGAUUCUCGAUUGGUCUUGCGCAAUGUUGCAUAAAUGUUUACAUAUCGGAAAUGGCACCGACCGGUGGUCGUGGUGCUUUGAUGAGCCUGGUUCAACUCUUUUACUCCAUUGGCCAAUUCCUGUCGUCCAUAUCCCUCAAUAUCGUCUCUCAAGAUAAACCGAAGAACUGGCGUCAUGCAGUCUUGUCUCAGUUCGCACUCUGCGGCGUGGCUCUUAUUGCUUGGGUUUUCCUGCCCGAGUCAGCUCGCUGGCACUGCGCCCAGGGCCGCGAAUUACCAUGCAAGAAGAUCCUGACCAGAGUCAACGGCAAGGUGCCGGGCUACGAUGUCGACAUGGAGUACAAGCGGAUGCAUCUCGAAAUUGAAAACGCGAAGAUUGAAUCUACAAUCCAUGGCGGCGGCUCUUAUUUAGACGUGUUCCGUGGCACCAACCGAGUAAGAUUCAUUCACGACUGCAUGUCUACGUAUGACUAA